AUGCUCUCUAAAAUGUUAUUGGCAUUUUCAUCCAUUUGCGUAUUUCAUGUUGGUUUUGCUCAACAAUCAUAUGGAAAUUCAACUGUUUCGGCACUUUUCGCAUAUGGAGACUCAAUACUUGAUACGGGCAACAAUAAUCUUCUUCUCACUCUUACUAAAGUCAAUUUUUUUCCAUACGGUAGAAACUUUGUAGGUGGAAGACCUACCGGAAGAUUUGGAAAUGGAAGAGUUUUUUCGGAUAUGAUUGCCGAAGGUUUGGGAUUGAAGACUCUCUUACCGGCAUACCGUGAUCCGACCCUCUCGGAUGAUGAUCUACCGACGGGUGUUUGUUUUGCAUCCGGUGGAUCUGGACUAGAUGCAAUCACUGCAAGAAUACAAGGAGUUAUAUGGGUGUCAGAUCAGGUGAACGAUUUCCAAAACUACAUCACUAGACUAAACGGUGUAGUAGGAGAUCAAGAAAAAACAAACCAAAUUAUAUCAAACGCGGUUUAUUUAAUCUCAGCGGGGAAUAACGAUAUUGCGAUCACAUAUUUUACUACGAUGACUAGAAGAUUUCAAUACACUGUUCCAGGCUACACUGAUCUCUUGGUCACUUGGACUCGUGAUCUCAUAAAGAGUUUAUAUGAUAUGGGUGCAAGAAAAUUUGCGGUUAUGGGAACGCUACCACUAGGUUGCUUACCGGGAGCAAGAAGCAUGAUUGGGAAUGUACUUAAGAUAUGUGAAGUAUUCUCAAAUCAAGCGGCUGAUAUGUUCAACAAAAAAUUAUCUGCGGAUCUUGACAAUCUAAGCGCGACAUUUCCGGGUGCCAAAUUCAUGUACAUAGAUAUGUACAAUCCUCUUCUUGGUCUCAUCAACAACCCUCAAGCUAAUGGGUUCAUUGAUGUAACUGAUGGAUGUUGUUGUACGCCGACUUCUAUAAUACCGUGCUUAGACGCAUCUCAGUACGUGUUUUGGGAUGUUGCACAUCCGACCGAGAAGUCGUACCAAACGAUCACACCAAGUAUUAUUGAAGCAAUCAAAGAAAAUCUCGCUUGA